AUGGUCAGUCUGGUCCAAACCCCUGUACGAGCUCGCAUUGACGCGUUUAUCACUCCAAAGGUGUCUAAUGACAAUGCUGGUACCUUUUCAGGAACUGACACUCUGUCAAGUCAAGAAUCACCAGCAGAUUUAGGCCUGUCAGAAACAUCAAAUGAUGAUCUACAGUUAACAGCCAGCAUGGAUAAUACGACAUUUGUGCUACAGGGUGAAGAUAUGGAGGACGCAUCAAUCAUUCAGGAACUCCCUGACUUGUCAUCACAAAUCGACUCAAUCGCAUUGCCCGAAUUUAAUCCAGACAGUUUAUUCGAUGCCUCUCAGCUCAUCCUCUUCCCGACGCCAUCCUUCAACCUUCUCUCCAUUUUCCCGUCAUUCUCCUUCACAAACCCAGCCGAGCCAGCACCAUCCAUCGGUAGCGACGACGUGCAAGCCAUGACAUUCCACUCGACCGUCCUCGCGCCCAUGAAAUCCACCCGCAAAGCAGCCCUAUCUUCACACUCCAUCUUUCUCAACUUUGCCGUCCAAAGUCCCAUGGCGCUACAUUUUCUCCUGGCAUUUUCGCAUAGCGAGCUGGCCAUACACCACGGCUUCAGCGACAGGCCACCUCUAGAGUCACAUCUCCACUUUCGGCAUGGAUCGCAAUUACUGAACCAGGCGCUUGUGGACCUGACGCCAACCGAUCACAUAGCCAUGAUGCUUUCGUUCUUGUACCUCUGUAUGUUCUGGAUGAGAAGAGAUCCAUUCGACGUUUCAAAAUUGCGCGAGCUGAGCAGCUCGAUCCUGGCCUAUGUCACGACCUUUUCGCUUGAUGAAAUCCUCAUCACUGUUCAGUAUGAGAUCAAUCAGUAUAGUCAGGGUAGUGAUUCCGAAUCAUCGGGUAAAGAGAUGGAGAUAAAGAGGAAACUGGACAAGAUAAGAGAGGAGCACAGCUUCCUGUUCCCGAUAUCCAGACAAUCUACUGGGCAAUCCACCAAGCCACCGCUGAUGGCCCUUGUAACAACCACUAUCUUCUAUGCCCUACAGAUCUAUCUCCAUCGCAGCCGUAAUUCUUCAUUCGGGCAAACACCAAUACCGCAAGAUAUAGACACAGCUCUCAAGGAGUUGGUGGCUGCAGCAUAUCAGACUAUCGCUACUGGACCAGUGCAGCUACUUGAGAGAUUCCAAUGGGCGCUCUUGAUUGCAGGAAUGGAAACACAUGAUCCCGUGCACCGAGAUUGGAUUUCGGCGAAUAUUUCAGACCCCGUUAUCAAGAGUGUCUUGAAUCUUGUACUGGCGGCUAAGGGACAAUCGGAUGAGGGCGUCUCAAUGGAGGCGGUUCGGGACUUGGUUAGUAAGAGAUCGCGAGGUGCUAUUGCGAGAUAG